GCUCUGGACUGCCACAUCUGCACCUACAACGGGGAGAACUGCUUCAACCCCAUGCGCUGCCCGUCCAUGGUCUCCUACUGCAUGACCACGCGCACCUACUACACCCCCACCCGCAUGAAGCCUGUGCCAUGCAGUGUCACCAGUGCACGGGCUUUGGGACCUGCCACCACCAGGCCAGCUGCCUCGGGAACCCGGACCACUGUGUCACCAUCGCCACCCGAGUCACCGCCAUCGUCCCGGACCUGCCUCUAGUGGUGAAGAUGUGCUCCCGAGGCUGCCCUGAGCCGGCCAGCCUGGGCCUGGGCCCGCGCGUGUCUGUGUCCUGCUGCCAGGCCAGUGCCUGCAACCAGGACUGACCCUGCCCUCCCCCCACCCCCGCGACUCACCAUGCACAGCCCCAUGUUCUGAGCAACCAAUAAAACUGUCUGGGUCACUCA